AUGGUAGCAUUGAUUGGAGGUGGACAUACUAUUGGCUUUGUUCAUUGCAAGGAGUUUGCUAACCGAAUUUUUAGCACCCCCGGCCCAACAAUGAAUCCCAAAUUGGCAGAGAGAUUGAGAGGAAUGUGCGCGAAUUAUACGACGAAUACUGACAUGGCAGCCUUCCUUGAUGUGAUAACCCCUGGCACUUUUGAUAACAUGUUGUUCAAGAAUUUGAUGAAGGGUUUAGGAGUUCUUGGUUCUGAUCAAUUGCUUUUGAGUGAUCCAAGGACAAGGCCAUUUGUUGAGAAAUAUGCAAAUGAUAACCAGGCUUUGUCUAUAGAUUUUGCUCUUGCCAUGGAGAAGCUUAAUAUUUAUCAAGUUAAAAUUGGUAAUCAAGGAGAGGUGAGGAGGAGAUGUGAUGCAGUAAACACUGGUCAGAUGUGA